AAAAGUGAGCUAAACGAAAAAGGCUAAAAUCAUGAGCACGAAACGUGUUGCACAUAUAACUGUCAUCAAAUGACAAAUGCUUGACAGCAUCAAUCAGCAGCAGCAGCAAAAACAACAACAACAAGAGCAACUACAACAACCAGACCAUUGUCCAUAUUGGCAACGACGCCAAGCGUCACCGAUAAUUUUUCAAAAUAUCUCAAACCACAGCAGCCCACAAAACGACCUAAGCAAAGCGAAUUUUCUUCAACUUUUGCCAAUUAUGGCCGGUUUUCGAAAACGUGGCUGCCGUACACGAACUUGGUUUCUACUCAAGGAUUCCCUUAUCUUUGUCACCAUUAUGUGUGUCCUACAAAUAUUUUUCCAAUCACCAGUGGUGGCCUCCACGGCCACGCCACAGCCCCUGGCGGUAAAGGACAACAAUGUGUUGUCCGAGAAUCUCUUGCAAUUAGAAAAGGCAUUGGGCCUUCAUGGCAGCAAUGAGGAUGAGAACGAUUUGUCAGAGUUGGAUAAUCAAACCAAAGAAUUUAGUUUAAUCGAUGUAAAUAAAAUCCAAAUAGAGGAAAAAAUCAUAUUUAAGACACAGGACUUUAGUAAAAAUUUACUCAAAUUAAAGGCUAGCGAGUUGAGCUCAAAUGAAAUUUUGCCGGCAAACAAUAACACCAAGCAAGGCAAGGAAGAUGUGGUUGUCAUAAAGGAACAGCAGCAACAGGAGGAGUUGCGGCAAACUGCCAGUGCGGUUGCUGGUAAUAGCGAUAAAACUAAAAAGGACUAUGAGCAUGAAACCUCAGUGGUCUCCAAAGGCCAGGCCAGCGUUAUAAAGGAGGGGCAAAUGUUACGGGAAACCUCUAAAAAUGCCACAGAGGAUAUUAGCAGCAGCACAUACGACCAAACAACUAGCAACUCCAGUUCAGCCUCUACCUCACCCACCAAUAUACUCCAGGCAGCAACCACAACCACAAUCGUAAAUUCAACAACUGCCACAACAAUGACUAUGAAACCCACACGUCCUGUUGCCAGCAAAGGCAAUCAAGGCAAAGUUGUAGGUGGCGGUAAUGUCGCUACCUCCUCUACAGGGACAGUGGCUGCUGGUACGAGUGUUUUUUCUAAUCUUUAUGGGAUUCGUGAAAAUGUCAUGUUACCCUCCGAGGAUCCUGAAAGGGAGGCUCAGAUUUUAUAUGAGAAAACCUUAAAGGAAUAUCAUGUUAACAACAACAACAACUACAAUCAUAAAGAGGAUAAUAUACUGCAUAAGCACCAACAACAACAACUUGGCAAGGAUGGCACAUCCUCAUCGAAAUCCUCUUCGCUCUCUGGCAUGGAGGCUGCCACCAAUAGUACAGAGGCCAUGCAACAACGUACUUUGCAUGCUGUCUGUGAGGUAUGGUCUCAAAAACACUGCCAUUGUACUGGAACUUUGGGUCGUCUCUCAUUGAGCUGUCGCAAUAUUGGCAUAUUGGCGGUACCAGUGGAUUUACCCAGUGAUACAGUUCUGCUAGACUUGGGUAAUAACAACAUUACUACUUUGGAGGCUAAUUCUUUCUUCAUGGCCGUCAAUUUAGAGGAAUUGACUUUGGCUGACAACAAUUUGGAGCUGUUGGAUCCUUUAGCAUUCUAUGGUUUGACGAAAUUAAAACGUUUAAAUUUGCAAAAUUGUGGCCUUAAAACACUACCCGCUUAUGCAUUUCAAGGUCUAACCAAUUUAAUAUCAUUCCACUUCUGCAUCGACAUCGCCUUCAAGGCCUUCGGGAUUGCGAAGAACUCCGCCAAUGUGUCAAUGAUUGCUGCUCGAUUCAAUUUGAAGCUCAACGAUAUUGGACCUGGUUUUUGUUGGCGAGAUCGAACGAGGGAUGCAGAGGCGACCAGUGUAGAGAUUUUGAAGUCGGAGUCGUAUAUUAAACAGGAGUCGGAGAUCAGUUUGGAGUUCCAAACCGGACUCCAAACCAGUCUCAGACUAAAGCUAGAUAAUCCAAUUCCGACUUGGACUCCGGCCCGAGGUGCGAACGGUGAACUGCAGAGCUUAGCUCAUCCCGGUGGCACCAUUAAGCACGUUAACGAACGGAAACAAGGUUUCUUGGUUGUCAGCACCCUUAAGUACUGCCGGCAAAAGUCUUCAGAAACAGUAUUGGAUGAUAAUUUAAUUAAUUCCUUGCCCGAAGGACUAAAUAAAUUGACUCGUCUGCAGGAAUUCUCGGCUACCAGCAAUCGUCUGAGGUGGAUAAAUGACACAGAUCUACCCAAAACCCUACAUACCUUGGAUUUGCGAGCCAAUCCAAUAUCACAAAUAAUGCCAGGAGCAUUGCGGAGUAUGUCUAAAUUAAGAAAAUUAAUUUUAUCAGAUGUACGUUUCCUAAGGAAUUUUCCCGAUUUGGAUGGCUGCUAUUCCAUGGAGAUUUUAAAACUAGAUCGGGCUGGUAUAACUGAAGUGCCGGGAAAAUUAUGCCAUCAAACCCCAAGACUGAGAAGUUUAGAACUACAAACGAAUUCCAUACAAACCAUUCCCACAUUAGCACAUUGCAGAGAAUUGAGACUGUUAGAUUUAUCAAGCAACUUAAUUGAACAUUUACAAGGACGUCCAUUCCAAGGUUUAAAACAAUUACACGAUUUGCUACUAUCACACAAUUACAUCAAAGCAAUACCUCAUGAUGCCUUUCAUGGCAUAGUUAAGCUGCAGUUAUUAAAUUUAGAAGGUAAUCAAAUUUCAUUUAUCCACAAGGAUGCUUUUAUGGGCUUCAACUCUUUGGAAGAUUUAAAUUUGGGUAAUAACAUAUUUCCCGAAUUGCCUUCGAAUGGUUUACAGCGCCUGUUGCAUUUGAAGACUCAUAAUAAUCCCAAAUUGAGAGAUUUUCCCUCGCCUGAGACAUUUCCUAGAAUACAGACUUUGAUAUUGUCCUAUGCCUAUCAUUGCUGUCCCUUUAUACCUUUGGUAGCUAUGUCGGCGAGCAAGAAACCACCCUUGGUACAGGAGGCUGUAUUGUUUCCUUCCGACGCAGAGUUUGAUAUGAGUUUGUGGAACAAUAGCAAUAUGGAUAUAUGGCCGCAAUUGCACAAUCUCAGCAAGAAGUUUGGCUCUGAAAUGCAUAGCAUCUGGGAAAAUUUCGGCCAAGAUUUUACCUAUCCCGGCAAUAUACCCACCUACAUGGAAGAAUACUUUGAAGAAGAAGGCGGCGGUGGCGCUGUGACUGGCGGUGGUGGUGGCAGUUCAGCCACCGGUACCGGAACUGGAAUGCAAACAUCCACAGGCAGUGCCUCGAAUUUUGCUGGAAAGUUUAGCGAUGGCAGUCUUUUUGCCACCAUUGGCACAGAGCACACUCCAGGCAGUAUUCAAUGUCAGCCAAUGCCGGGACCAUUUUUACCCUGUGCUGAUCUGUUCGAUUGGUGGACUCUCAGAUGCGGUGUAUGGGUGGUUUUCCUGUUGGCCCUACUGGGCAAUGGCACCGUGGUAUUUGUGCUGAUAUUCUCCCGCUCCAAGAUGGAUGUUCCCCGUUUCCUGGUUUGCAAUCUGGCAGCAGCGGAUUUCUUUAUGGGAAUUUAUUUGGGCAUUUUGGCCAUAGUGGAUGCCUCUACACUGGGAGAGUUUCGUAUGUUUGCCAUACCUUGGCAAAUGUCUGUUAUGUGCCAGGUGGGAGGUUUCCUGGCUGUAUUAUCUUCAGAACUGUCGGUGUACACCUUGGCGGUUAUUACUUUGGAGCGCAAUUAUGCCAUCACCCAUGCGAUACAUCUGAACAAGCGUUUGUCGUUGAAGCAGGCGGCCUACAUCAUGACAGUGGGUUGGACUUUUGCUUUGGUUAUGGCAGUGCUGCCUCUUAUGGGAGUGUCUGAUUAUCGUAAAUUUGCAGUGUGUUUGCCAUUUGAGACCACAACGGGCAUAGCUAGUCUCACCUAUGUCAUUGCGUUGAUGUUCAUCAAUGGUUGUGCUUUUUUGACUCUCAUGGGCUGCUAUUUAAAAAUGUAUUGGGCCAUACGAGGUUCACAGGCUUGGAAUACCAAUGACUCCAGAAUAGCCAAGAGAAUGGCGCUGUUGGUGUUCACCGAUUUUCUAUGCUGGUCUCCUAUAGCCUUCUUCUCUAUAACGGCCAUAUUUGGGCUGCAGUUGAUAUCUUUGGAGCAGGCUAAGAUUUUUACAGUCUUCAUUUUGCCCUUGAACUCCUGCUGUAACCCUUUUCUCUAUGCCAUAAUGACAAAGCAGUUCAAGAAGGACUGUGUCAAUCUGUGCAAACAUUUCGAGGAGACGCGAGUGACACGUGGAGCAGGAGCUAUGACUCGCAGGGGCAUGACUACGGAGAGAAUUCCCAAGGAAUUGCCACCCCUAUUGCCGGCUGUACAUCCUCCUGGAUGCAGAUGCCUGCGCAUGAUGCCUGGGGAAAUGCCCAUUUGGCAUCGCAUUCAGGAGAAGGAAGGCUCCAUUUGGUCACGCACUUGGCAGCGUAUCUGGUCGUAUUGUUCAUGCUGUGUCACAUGCUGCGAGCGUAAUCGUCCUCAACGUUUGGAUAAGAGGCGGGGUCGCGCUACCAGAGGCAAUAAGGGAGAUCCCUAUCAGUAUCAGUUCUCAGAGAUGAAGCAGAAGAAACAACUAAGAGCCAGCUCCAUUUCAAGUGAAAACUUCUGUUCAUCACGCUCUUCAAGUUGGAGAAAUGGCAAUACUUCAGGCACUCAUUUGACGGGACACACCCAUGGUCACACAUGUUCCAUACCCAUGAAAAUGAUGGAUCCCAAUCGUCGAAGGCACUCCACAUGGUUGAUAACCAGAAAGACCUCACAGGACUCCAAUUUGUCCUCAUCAAGAAAUGAUUCUUCGGCCUCGGCAACAACGGCCAGCACUUCGACAUUCCGUCUGUCCAGGUCUAGUGCGGGCAGCACCACACCCUUGCCCUCCAUUAUAACUCACAACCAUAAAAAUCAACCACAUCAAUUCUCCUCCAGUUUGCCCAAGCCUCGCCUGGUGCGUCAAGAGGCUGUGCAAGAGGAAGAGGACUCCUCGCCACCUCGUUUGGGGGUACGUUUUCUGCCCACCAUACCCUCGGCGGCUGAUAGCUCAGUGGUCAUGGAAGAUGGUGACUCGGGAUUUAGUCCCGACUACACCAAUUUCUAUGCUGCCCUACACAAUCCCCAUCAUCAAAUGACGGUGAAGGCGGUCGUUAUAACUACCACAACAGCACCCACUGCCACAACCACAACAACAAAAUUAAUAAAUACCUCAACUCCUAGUAGUAGUCAUAGGACAUCACCACCCGCUUCACAAACUCCACAGACCCCACAAACACAAACAACGCCAUUAUCACCACCACCCCAAACAACGCAAUCGCAACCACCUGAACCGCAGGAUAAACCACCAUGACCCAUGGUGCAGCAGCAGCAGCAACAACAACAAAAACCGCAGCAAAAGAGGACAAUAUUUUUUAGACCUAUGGGAAAUACGGAAGCCUUUCUCUAAGAAAGAGUUUCCCACGAAAAACUAUUUAUAGUAGGGAGGAAAACAAGGAAUUGAGUUUGUUCGAUAGUUGAGCCCAAGGCAAGGAAAUAUUUUUGAAUUUAGCUGUUC